GUCAGAACUCCCUGCAUAAAUUCGAAGUUCUAAUACCACCCACGUGACAAUUCCAUCACCAUGCCGAUCUUAAUUCUCUACUCCUCAGAGAAGGGCAGCACUGGCGAGAUCGCCAAUCGUAUCUCCUCCCGUAUCGCGGAGCAACUCCCACCGACCGAGGUCCACAAUAUCCACGACUUCGAUGCCUCGCGUCUUGACGACUACACGGCCAUCGUCCUCGGCUCCUGCAUCCACAACAUGCAUUGGCUUCCCGAAGCGAAAGCCUUCCUCACCGCCAACAAAAAUGCCUUGAUCUCCAAGCCACUAUUUGCCUUCUCGGUCGGAGCAGCUGGUUCGAUGCCGAAGUUCGUUCGCGCUCAAUCGAUGAAGUCGGAAGAGAAGAAGAUGGCCCACGAUGUGCAGAAGGCGCUGGAUAAGAAAGUGAAAUUGCAUGCGCUUUUCAAUGGGAAGGUGGAGAAGAAGGAUGAGCCGUGGCUCAUGAGGUGCUGCUGUGGGAUGCUUGGUGGACUGACGUAUGGCGAUUUGAGGGAGUGGGAAAAGGUUGAUGCGUGGGCGGAUGAGGUGGUGAAGGAUUUGAAGGGGAGUGCUGAGGAGCACUAAGAUGGAGUGGUAAUUCAGGAGUUGAGAUUGGACAGGAUACCCGGGUUGGAUUCAGGGUGGAAGAAGAAAGAGACGAGGGCGAUAAGGAUGCUUCUGUAUGGGCGACUUUUGGUUGACAUUUCUGUAUGACUUUGACAUGACUUGCAAUCACCCCCGUUAAUAUUACCCCGUUUUGGCACUACGACACAAGGUUUUCUGGUGUGCCCGGAUGCCAGCCUUCGUGCAGCAGGAUCGCCCAGAGCACUCAGUGGACAGACCCGGGCCUGGCCGGACGCUGAGCCUAUUUACCGGACGUAUACGUCGAAUUGCCGUUUCCAUCAUUGUAGUAUGU